AUGCCAAAUUCUCUGUCCUCUGGUCCGUUCAGCCCUACGAUCAUCGUGAUAACCUCCGGACGAAUCACUGCGUAUAAGUAUCUCGAGCCUUGCCGGAGGUCAAUGAACAAACCGGGAUACCAAGCCGAGCCAUCACUCGAGAAGGUUGAAGUAGAAAUGGAUCUCGGUCUGAUUCACAUGGUGUUACACCCUCACUCACACAUUUACAUGUACAGCACGGUGCACCUUCAGCCCAGCAUUUUGAUCGUCAGCUUCACCUUUAUGAACAAUGGUGUACCCACCCACGUCAAUAAACGAUGGAGUCGUGUCAGUCAGUUCGAGGGGUCAGUCAGUCAGGGCCUCGCUGGCAUCGAUCAAGGGCCUUCAAUGAUCUCGCGCCUGCAGCACCCCAACGACAACAAUAACAACAACAACAACAACAACAACAACAACAACAACAACAACAACAACAACAACAACAACAACAACAACAACAAUAACCACCACCAAUCCGCCUUACGCCUUGUUGUGACCUUGACAUACUCGAGUCUCUUGCACUUCUAGGUCACUCAUCUACAUACAAACCGUACGGUGCUACUCCAUGUCACUCACCUUGGUUUUCACAUCGACCGAUACGAUUGAUUUCGCGGUCAUUUACGGACGUCGUCGCCAUUUGGAUGAGUAUCUCUACUGCUACUGCACUCUCCUUCCUGUCACAGACCUCUUCUCCUUAACUGUUCUUUUACAAAUCAUGGAGUUGGCUCUCUGUCUGGGAUCUUCCUUUUUGUCAUUCAGUCUCUUCAUCCUCGCUCAAAGUUGACCACACAAAGAGAAGCGGAUAUCUGGAAAGUUACAAGGUUAACCAAAAUUCCCUUUCUUCCUCGUUUCCCAGAUCCCUUCCUUGUCCACACCUCGUCUUCGCAGAACCUCUCAACUUUCCAUCCAUGAUAUAUCCAAACCAGGCAAAGCACACGUCGAAACAAAGAGGACAAGAAACUAUACAAGACAUCACCCCAUUCCUAUUACCACAUCGUUUCCAUCUC